UGCGUCCACCUCGCGGGUCCCCAAGUGAGAGACAGCAGCGCCGAGGAACCCUUGUCCGGACGCCUGUCGGCCGUCCUGUGCUCGCCUUGACGGAGCGUCCGCUUCGCGGGCUGUGCGCCAGGUCCGGGCGGGUCCCUAGCAUGGUGACCAGACCCAUUGCUCACCAUUUAUUAUUCAAAUCCCGUGUCCGAGCUCUGAGAUAUUUCUAGUGCCUGGAAUGAAGUGUGAAGCAGAGCAGACUCAAGGAUUGCAGAUGGAAGAACCACAGGAGAUUUCCUCCACUGAAGGUGGCUGUGUAGGAGAUAUUGUCAUAGAAAAAUUCCUGAUCGAGUCCAAGAAGUCCACACCCCACGUGCAGCUUGCUUGCAGCAUGCAGCACUCUGCUUUCCCCUUAGAUGGAAAUGAACUUUGCAUCUGGAACACUGAGGACCCUUCUCAGCAGCUUCUGGCCCUAAGAGGACACCAUCAGCCCAUUUCUGCUGUGGCAUUCGGAAACACGGCGACUCCACGUCUGAUCUGUUCUGCGUCACCGGAUCGUGUUAUAAUGUGGAGCCUGGAUGAGUGCAGAGAGAAAGUUCUUGAAGGGUUAAUUCCUCGAGGGACUGUCUUGGGCACCCUGCUGGGAAAGGUGCUGUAUUUAAGGUUCAGCCCGGAUGACCGUGUCAUCGCCGUGUGCGCUGGAAACAAGAUACUCGUGGUGGACACUGAGAGCCAGUCUACACUCGUGGAGCUGGAGGGGCACCAGGGCCCCGUGACUGCAGCUGAGUUCUGUACUUGGCGGGCUCAUGUCGUCAUCUCAGUGUCUGAGGACAGAAGCUUUAAGGUUUGGGACCACCGUGUGGGAUCACUGAUCUACAACUCCCCAGUGUUAGCAGCGUCCCCUCUGCUCAGUCUUCUCGUUGUUGAAGGAAGUAAGCAGCUGGUCACCGGCUGUGCGGAGGGCCAGCUCUGGAUCUUCAGUUUGGUUGACAGACAUCAUUAUCGGUGUGUGACACGUGUUGACCUCAGGAAAAAGAGAGAGAGUUUCUCCACCAGGAGGCUCGACUCCAACCCCGGCAGCCUGCCAGGUGAGCCCACGCUGACCUCCCACCUGCUCAGCCCACAGCGCUCCCUGAGCAGCCUGUCCGGGUGCCACGUGGGGACGACAGGAGGGAGGAAACAUGUGCGUCCUGUGAAGCCCAAGGUGGGGACCCUCGACCUCUGCUGGCCCCAGGCAGGACUUGUGAGAGAAGAGAGUCGGCUUCCGUCUGCACAUGAACUGGCAAAAGGGGACGACGUUGAGGUGACCCUGCCUGUCCUGGGCCUGGCACACUGCGAGCUCUCACUCGGCCUCGCUUCUGAGUGUGGACUUCUUUCUUCUGAGAACACCAGCUGCCUGUGGGUCGGAAGCUCAGCUGGUUUACUCAUAUUGAACUUGGCAAACUUUGAAUUGGAGGCUGUCUUACAUUACAAAAAUUUCAGGAACCUCAGCAUUCAGGUUGCUGGAUCGUGUGCCCUGAGGAGCAAAACCAGUGACGGGAAGGCCUUUUGCUUGCUCACCUCCAUGUUUGGGAACGGGAUCGCCGGGCUGAAGGUUGACCCCACUGCUCUGCUGAGGUGUCAGCAGCGCCCCACCCUGGGGACGCGGCUCUCAGUGCUGCCCAGCUCCCGUGUGUUACCCACCUCUCCACUGCAUUUCGGAGUUGUUGAAAGCAGUGCCCAGCCGGCGCGUCACAGACAGCCUGCUGCACGGAGCGUCGUAAAGGACCAACCACUGGUUUUCCACAGUAAAGUCAGGUCGUCUGGGUACACGUCCGCACCACAUGCAACUAUGUUUUCACCAAAGACCAACAUCAAGAAUGAUUGUAAACGAUCCUCAGAACGCAAGAACAGUUACAAGUGGAAGGAGAGCCCUGUGCAGAAUUCUCCACCGACCAGACUCAGUAGGUGGCUUGCUGUGGCCGACGGCCGGGCGGCCGUGCGCUGCGUCCAGUUCUCAGGAGAUGGACGGCAGCUAGCCUGUGGCUCAGCCAACCACUUGGCACUGGUCUUUGGUGCUGAUCUUACUGGGACACCCGCUGUUUUUCCAGGUCACGACGGGCCAGUGAACACUGUGUGCUGGAGCCAUGACGGGAGGUGGCUGCUGUCGGUCUCCCAGGAUGGGACACUGAGGGUGUGGUCGGUUCGCAGGACGGAACUGGCGUUGUGCCUGGGCAAAGACCUGCUUCCUAAGCCUGUUCAAUCCGCACAGUUUUAUUACAUCGAUACCUUCAUAUUGUUGUCGUCGGGCCCUGAGGUCCAGCUGCUCACCUAUCACAUUGACACUUGCAAAGACGAGAUACGAAGAUACAAGCCGAAGAGCAGAGGCAGAGCUGUUGUCAGGCUCCCCAUGACGGGUGCGGUCGAGGUCACCAGUUUGUCUGCGGUGAACGACUUUUAUUCCUACCUCGUGCUGACCGCCGGCCGCAAUCGGACUUUGGAAGCUUUUGACCUCAACGUGGGGCGCAGUGCAGCCGUGAUCACAGAAGCCCAUUCGCGGCCUGUCCACCAAAUUUGUCAAAAUAAAGGAUCGUCGUUUAUGACCCAACCGUCUCAGCUUUAUAAUCUUUUCGCGACCACAGCCGUUGGUGACGGGAUACGACUAUGGGACUUGAGAACCCUGAGGUGUGAGCGUCGUUUCGAGGGUCAUUCGAACCGCUGCUACCCGUGUGGAAUUGCCUUCAGCCCUUGUGGACGAUACGUGGCCUGUGGUGCCGAGGACAGACAUGCAUAUGUGUAUGAAAUGGGCUCAAGCACUUUUUGUCACAGGCUGUCAGGACACACGGACACAGUCACUGGAGUGGCCUUCAGCCCGUCAGCCUCCCAGAACAUCGUCUGGCAUUUGCUAAAAGGUUCUCCGCCUGGCUCUUCUGGUUAUACACCCGUCGGUCCUGGGUCUUGUCCUGCCUUUACCUUGGACGUGAGCCCCAGCAUCUGUCCCUCGCUCAACCGUUCAACAUUUCACCAUUGCAAAUUCUCAAGUCAAGUGGGCUAACCAGCCAUGGGAGUGAGUGACCUCCAGAGAAAUAAAAGUAUAUUUUAAUGGCCAAAAGGUAAGUUAAACAAAACUAAGCACUUUGCUGAAAUGAAGACUUUAAGAACAGUUUUAGUAAUCCCGCCAAGUUUUAUUUUGAUUGGAAUGCAGUUGAAAAUGAUGAAAAUUGUAUUUCAAUCCCGAGUUUUCAUAACUCGUUAGCCAGGAUCAUCUAACUCACCAUUAUAUUAACAAUUCUUAGGUGCUAUUGAACUACUUGAGAGAAAAGUGACAAAGAUCGGUGUUCACAGAGUCUUGGCUGUAAGCGUUUUGGGUUUUGCUUGCUGAGAUAGCGGGGCAGAAGCAGCUGGCCGUUCCUCCUAGUUCUCGCGUGUCUCU